AUGUUGCUUUUUCUCACUCUCUCUUCUCUCAUGUUCCACCUCCAUUUUUCUUUGUACAAUUAUAUAGUUCCUCAUACACAUACAUAUAUAUAUAUAGUCAUAGAUAUAUUUACGUUAUUAUUUAUAACGCUUAUAUAUAUAUAUAUAAUGGGAAUUAACAUUUUAACACCACGUGAACGACCCAUUUCGUAUAUUGAAUAUCAUGAAGAGAUCUAAAGACGUACCAAUAAUUAAUACUAGCACAUAACGAAUUAAUCUAUUCUUUAUAUAGAUAUAAUCAAUAUGAUAAUAUAGUCUAUGCUUCAUGCAUAUAUAUAGGUAUAUCAUAUGACUCCACUUUCACAAAAGAAAAAGAACACACCAAGAGAAAGAAGAUCAAUCGGAGCGAUGAGUACUCAACACGUAAACCUGUUCGUUCCUUCAUUUGAAAUGGAUCAAGAGGAAGACGUUGCACGCAAGACGACGGAGAAUGGAGGCAUCGGUGGUGGUGUCUGGAGGUUCAAAGGCAACAAAGCGGCCAAGGAAGCAGCUAGUGUCUCAAUGAAAGGUACUCUUUCUAGGUUAUUCGACUGCUGCAGCAAAGACGUUAAAAAGAGUAUUUUACCCCUGGGUCACGGCGACCCUUCCGUGUACCCUUGCUUCGACACUUCAGUUGAUGCCGAGGAGGCGGUGGUUGAAUCCUUACGGUCUGGCUCCGCCAACUCUUAUGCCCCGGGGGUCGGUAUUUUACCGGCCAGGAGGGCGGUUGCAAAUUAUCUGAACCGGGAGUGGGACCUUCCACGUAAGAUGAAAUCAGAUGACAUAUUUAUGACGGUGGGGUGUUGCCAAGGGAUAGAGACAUUGUUUCAUGCCCUCGCUGGACCAAAGGCCAAUAUCUUGAUCCCGACUCUAAUAUAUCCCCUCUACAACAGUUACGCAAUUCAUAGCCUAGUGGAGAUUCGCAAGUACGAUCUCCUUCCCGAUCUAGACUGGGAGAUAGAUCUUCAAGGCGUCGAAGCCUUAGCAGACGAAAACACCAUUGCUAUGGUGAUAAUUAAUCCUCACAACCCAUGUGGAAAUGUCUAUACAUAUGAACAUCUAAAGAAGGUAGCUGAGGUGGCUAGAAAGCUAGGAAUAAUGGUGAUUUCUGAUGAAGUUUAUAAUAGAACUAUUUAUGGAGAGAAUAAAUUUGUCCCAAUGGGGAUAUUUUCAUCUAUUGCUCCUGUGAUUACAUUGGGGUCCAUAUCCAAGGGAUGGCUCGUCCCGGGGUGGCGGAUUGGUUGGAUCGCAAUGAAUGAUCACGACAACGUUUUUAAAACCACCAGGGUCGUUGAAUCCAUCAAGGAACAUCUCAACAUAAGUCCAGAUCCAUCAACAAUUCUACAGUUUGCACUUCCAAACAUCUUGGAGAAGACGAAGAAAUCUUUCUUCGAAAAGAAUAAUUCUAUUCUACGUCAAAACGUAGAUUUCGCAUUUGAUGCUCUCAAAGACAUUCCUUGCCUCACCUGCCCCAAGAAACCCGAGUCGUGUACUUACUUAGUGACAAAAUUGGAUCUAUCCCUCUUGGAGGACAUCACGAAUGAUUUUGAUUUCUGCAUAAAGCUGGCCCGAGAGGAGAAUCUCGUCCUUCUACCUGGGGAGGUACUAGGACUAAAGGAUUGGGUGAGACUCUCGAUCGCAGUGGAGAGGUCGAUGCUAGAAGAUGCUUUCAUGAGGCUCAAAGGCUUCUACGCUCGCCAUAUUAAAACACAACUCACUUGAAAAACUCAGCAUCAUUCUCUGAACCUGACAUCCUAUCUUUUUGUAUUUUUGUACUAUUUCUCUGUUUGUUUACUUUUCCGAUUGUGUUUGUUUUCAAUUAGAAAAAAAAAAAGAUGAUGGUGUAAUAUAUGUAUCAUUUAUCUUUUAAAGUACAAUUCUGAAUUCACAUU